AUGUCGCGGAUAGAAGAGCUUCCAGAUGACUUUGAUGAGCAUGUCAGUCUCAAUGAUGCGCCCAAGAUCCUGCCCUCAAUCGAGGAGCUGUACGAUCAGCACAUCUCGGCGUCUGGUCCCUCACAAAACCAGAUGUCUUCCAAGAGCUUCGAAGAAAUCGUGCAGGAUAUGAGCAAAACCCCGCUCUUUAUGAACAGUCUUGACGAAGCGACUAACGACGAUGGAGAGAAUAUAAUGCUCGAGGCCAUCAAAGCCCUGCAAAACGAGGGAACAAAAGCGGAAGUGGCACAAGGAUUUAAAGAGCGUGGGAACGAAAUGGUCGCGGAGAAGAAAUGGAAGGAUGCCAAAGAGUUCUACACCAAAGGGCUUGCAGUCCUAACAGCCAAGGACGAAGAUAAGUGGGACAAGCCUGAAGACGAGACCGCAGAAGAGAAGCUUCGAGUCCUGCUUCACGAACAACUACUUGUCAAUCGAGCCCGGUGUAAUCUGGAAUUGAGUAGGGAUGCUCUAACGUUUACAGUGGAAGCGUAUUAUAGGUCGGCCUCCGCCCUGCUCGCUCUGGACAAAGUUCUCGAAGCACUGGAUGUGGCAUCUCGUGGAUUCAAACUCGAUCCAACCAAUACAGCUUUGAAGAAACUGUUGGACCAGAUCAGAAGCCGGAUGGCAGUCAAAGAGGCAGAAGACCGCCGGCGCUUAGCAGAGCUGAGAAGGAAACAACAGGAGAAGGCAACGUUAGACGCGGCGUUGAAGGCGCGAAAGAUCGUUGUCCGUGGAUCUAAAAACCCUCCGAACUUGGAAGACGCGACCAUUCGGUUAUCGCCAGAUCCGCUAUCGCCCAAAAGUCUGCUAGAAUUCCCAGUAAUGUUGCUCUAUCCGAUGCAUAACCAGACCGAUCUCAUCAAGGCCUGGGCCGAGAAAGAUGCCAUAACACAUCACCUGAGCUACAUACUACCCUUGCCGUGGGAUAGCAAGAACGAAUACAAAUUGUCGACAGUAGACUGCUACAUGGAUACCAUCAGCGGUGGGCUCAUGAAGGUCGGUAAGAAGCUGACUUUGCUGGAGGCACUCUCCAAUGGGAAGACUGAGGUGGUGGACGGGCUGGUUAGGAUUUAUGUGGUGCCAGUGUCACUUGCACCUCAAUGGAUAGAAGAGAUGAAGAAGAAAAAGGGCAAAUAG